UUUUUUCAAUCCUUAUUAGCAGAAGCCCUGAAUAUUUCUUUGGCAAGGCAGAAAUUAUAUGGAGAGUUACCCACAAGUUCUUUUAAUCCUGUCUGUAAAUUUAUUCCUGCAGCAUGACCGUGAAUUGAGGGUCUGAAGUUUAAAUCUGAAGUAUUGGUUGGAUCCUGGAUUAUAUUUGUCUUUUGGAAAAUAUAAGUGCUAAAUCAUGGCACUGUAGGUUUGUUCUUCCUUUGGAUGUUCAGUCUCUAAAUAAUCAACAGAAUUGCUCAAACUGACAAGAAGCCAGCUAAUUAGCACUAUGAGCAGGUUCAUCCCUCCAGUUGUGGAAAAUUUUGUAAUUUGGGACUAUUUGGUUUUUGCUGCCCUUUUUCUGGUCUCUUCUGGCAUUGGAGUCUUUUUUGCAAUUAAAGAGCGGAAAACAGCAAGCUCUGGGGACUUUUUAAUUGGUGGCAGGCAGAUGACCUGUGGACCAGUAGCUCUGUCCCUCACUGCUAGUUUCAUGUCAGCCGUCACUGUGCUGGGAACCCCAGCUGAGGUCUAUCGUCAUGGAUCAUCUUUCUUUCUGUUCGCCAUAGCAUAUAUGUUUGUCAUCAUUUUUACUUCAGAACUUUUUCUACCUGUUUUCUACAGAUCUGGGAUCACAAGCACUUAUGAGUAUUUGGAGUUAAGAUUUAACAAGCCUGUUCGCAUGGCAGCAACACUGAUUUAUAUACUACAAACGAUCCUUUACACAGGAGUGGUAGUUUACGCUCCAGCAUUGGCUCUCAAUCAAGUGACUGGAUUUAAUCUUUGGGGCUCAGUAUUUGCAACAGGAAUUGUUUGUACCUUCUACUGUACACUGGGAGGGUUGAAGGCUGUCGUCUGGACAGAUGCCUUUCAGCUGAUUGUCAUGCUGAUUGGGUUCCUGACGGUUUUAAUUCAAGGAACUCUUAAGAAUGGGGGUCUUAUAAAUGUUUGGGAAAAUGCUGAAAAUGGAUCACGCCUCAAUGUCUUUGACUUUGAUAUUGAUCCCCUGAGAAGACACACAUUUUGGACAAUCACAGUAGGAGGAACAUUUACUUGGCUAGGAAUUUAUGGGGUUAAUCAGUCCACAAUACAAAGAUGCAUUUCAUGUAAAACAGAAAAGCAUGCCAAACUUGCACUCUAUCUUAAUUUGGUGGGUCUGUGGGUCAUCUUGGUAUGUGCAGUUCUCUGUGGAUUGGUGAUGUAUUCCCAUUUUAUGAGCUGUGAUCCUUGGACUGCUGACUUCAUUUCAGCACCUGAUCAGCUAAUGCCGUAUUUUGUGAUGAUGAUAUUUUCAUCGGCCCCUGGACUUCCAGGCCUAUUUGUUGCGUGUGCAUUCAGUGGAACACUAAGCACUGUGGCUGCAAGUAUAAAUGCUCUGGCAACAGUAACAUUUGAAGAUUUUGUCAAGAACUGGUUCCCAAAACUUUCUGAGCGUGUAAGCACUUGGACCAGCAAAGGCUUAUGCAUAAUAUUUGGAGGGCUGUGUACUACAAUGGCUGUAGCUGCAUCACUCAUGGGUGGUGUUGUGCAGGCUUCACUCAGUAUUCAUGGAAUGUGUGGAGGACCUAUGCUGGGAUUAUUUAUCCUGGGAAUUAUUUUUCCUUGUACCAAUUGGAAAGGUGCUUUUGGAGGUCUUGCUACUGGAAUCACUUUGGCAUUUUGGGUUGGCAUUGGAGCUUUUGUGUAUCCUGCUCCACCAUCAAAAACUCUGCCACUCUACCUUUCAACAGCUGGAUGCAAUAGUACAGAUGUGGUGGAGCCCAUAGUUCCUACUAUACCUCCUGAAAGGCCUUAUUUAGCAGAUUCCUGGUAUUCUUUGUCGUAUCUCUACUAUAGUGCUGUUGGGUGUCUUGGAUGUAUAAUUGCAGGGCUACUAAUUAGUUUUGCAACAGGCCCAAAUAAAGGGAAAGAUAUUAAACCACUAUUAAUUCGCCCAGUCUGCAAUAUAUUUUGCUUCUGGUCUCCUAAAUACAAGAGAUUGUGCUGGUGUGGAGUGGAUCAUGACAGCAAAGAACUUCAUGAUGAAUUGAAAAUUGACCUUGAAAAGAAGGCAGAUGCAAAUGAUGUGCUCAGGAAUGAUUGGAACAAAGAAAUACAGAACAGUUUACCUGGUUAUAACCCCUAUGACAAAUCAUACACUAACACAAGCAUGGUGACUGAAUCACACUUUUAGCACAGAUGGUAAAAAGAGACAUACAACUGAGAAAUUUCAUAGUAACUGAAGAAAACACACUUUAUUUAUGUCUGCUAAUUUGCUUAGGAGACAUUUAUUUAUUAUUUAACAGAGGACCAUAUCUAUCCACUGAAGUCAGUUCAAAAUGAAUAAGGAAUGGUUUCUAAAACUCUAGCAGUUACUUUAAGAAAUAAGACUUUUUUGUUUAAAA